AUGACAUUCAGCAGAUGGAAUCAAGAGAGAUCUUCAAAAACUAUGCAAUGGUCAAGAAAACCACGCGAGGUGACUUCAUGCGGCAAGAAAACUGCAACUACAAUCACAGAAAAACAUUUUGCUCCAAGGGCAAUGGGAGCGAAAGUCGUGAAAAGACAAAAGAAUUGGACAAGGAGGCCAAGGGUCUUGUUCUAUUAUAUAAUGAUGACUGUCUGA